CUUCUUCAUCAUGGCGUCUGAGGAGGAUGUAAAUAUUCAGGCAGAAUCUGUUGUAAAUCGCUGGUUUGUUGAUCAUCUUCUAUUUUUGGCCAUCGAUUUACUUGAGAAGAAACAAUUCAAUGACUUUUUUUGUGCUAUUCGAAAAGGUCUUGACUAUGUUUUGUGUCGUCCUUUGGAGUCCACUGAAACUACACCAACAAAGAUCAGAGUUCUGCAGUUUCUCAUCUGGAUAAACGAAGGGGAACGUCUUGACUUGGCCUCUAAAGAAGACCCCACCCUCAGUCCUCUAGAAUCAGCAUUUAAUAUAUUACAAAGUAUGAAACAGGACUGUCCUCAGGAGGAUUAUGUGAGGGUGUGCUCCUCACUUAAGGAGAUGAUUGUAAGGAUAUUUAUCAUCAAUGGAGAGUUUGACAGAGCGAAGAAGGCUCUGAACAAGCACUUCCCCAAGUCUAUGGUUGGCAAGAAAGCUAUAUUUAUGGGUCUAAUUAACCAGAAGAGCAGAGUCCAUGAUAUUAUAGACCAAGUGGACUUUCAACAGUUUAGAGACGAGAUGCUGGGCUUCUGUGUGAAACUUUGUCAAACUACAACUCCAUUUCUAAUCAAGGCAGCAAACCGUCUUAUUGUAUCAAGACAUACUGAGGCAGACUACAGUCAUGAGCCUGAGCAGCAGGAGGAGCCAGAGCAGCACUGUAAACCUGUCUUUCUGCUAAACUGCAAUCGUGUGUUUAUUUCAAAGUCCAGACUUCAAGCAGGGGUCAAAGCAUUGGCAGAUGAGACGAGUUUUGUCCUGUUGGAAAAAGCCAUGGAAGAGGAAGAAGCAUCUAAGUCGCAGGACAAAGCAGUUAAUGAAGAAAUUAAAGAUCAGCUGUCUUUAAGAAACUCUGGCAGCCCGUUGGAGGGUUCCCCAGCUGAUGAACCAGCACAAAUGAGUGACGUUCCACAACCACAGACAAGUUCACUUUCAAAUAUGAAGUCAGUACCAGUCUACACGCGGCAUUACACCAUUGCUCAGCUGGUGGUGGAUCCAGAUAGCCCGUUUGAAUCUCCAGAAUUGGACACUGGACUGACAACAGAAGAAAGAAAUAAUCUGACACCAGAAAUCUCUAAUGACAUGGACAUCUCACAAAGUCCUUUAAGUGUGUGUGAAGUGAGCAAACCUCUACGGAAACUAAAGAGUUGUUACAGAGCCAAGUCACCAGCUGGGGAGAAGGACAUUUCUGAUGCUGAGUCUAUCCAUAAUACUAGCAGAGAGACAGACAAUGAAGAUGCAAUAGUCUUGGAAGGUUUGGAUAGAUCCCCCAGUCCAGUUUUAAGAACUGUCCCACAAACAAGCUCUACUCCUCACAAAGUCAAAUCUUCUCCAUCCAACAGAUGGAAACAAGCAUUCAACAGUGCCAAGGAAUCUAAGGAAGUGUGGAGUGAUGAAGAUGUGGUUUUUGAUGAAGGGUCACCAAAUGAAAGCCUGAUAUCAAAUUCAAGUCAAAGGAAAAAGAAAUGGACAGACAGUGAGUCCCAGCGUCUGAAAGAAGGUGUUCAGAAAUUUGGAGAGGGAAACUGGAACAGGAUAAAGGCAUAUUACAACUUCAAAGAUCGAACAAAUGUCAAUUUGAAAGACAGAUGGAGAACAAUGAAGAAACUGAAAAUCGUCUAA